CUUAGUUCAACCCUAUAUUGAACGCGCAUUAUUAUGGUUCCUGUUAGUGCUGUUGUUACUGUUGUUGGGGCCGGAUACCUUGGCUACACUCUCUGCAAGACAAAUCAUCCUCAAUCGUGUCAUUAUUGCCAUCAUCAUUCUCGGUGCAAGACGUGUAAUAAGGAAUACGAUGAUAUGAAUUUGGAUUUUAGAAAACAAAUGUCCUACUGAAUAUUUACUUUUGAUUAACUACAAGUGUAUAGUUUUAAUGAAUGUUAUGAUAUUAUGUCAAUAAAUAGUAGAUAGGUGGGUCU